AUGGAGCAAUUCGGCCUCGCGGCAGCCCAUUCGGGCGCAAUCAACCACAUCCACGCCGUCCACUUCGGGCCGGCCGCCCUCGACAUCGCCAGGGAGGCGCGGCUGGCCGUGACCGUCGUCGUCGUCGGCUGGGUCGCCGUCACGGGCAUUCGCGCGCUUUCCGAUCGCGGGAAGCAUUAA